CCGACUCGAACGGUUGUGCGUGCGUUGACGACAAAAUGGAUUGGACGACGGAAAAAAUCAUAGAAUUUCUCAAGCUACUACAGACAGAACCCGCUAUAUGGAACCACAGAGCAAGUGCUAAUAGAAGUAGAACACUAGUGAGACAAGCCUGGAAACGAAUUCAAAAUAACUUCUCUUUGUCGCGUCCGGUUGAAGAAUUAAAAAGAAAAAGGAACAGUCUGUUAACGCAGUAUAGAGAUAUUUUGAGGAGAAUCAAGGAAUCUCAGCAGAAAGUGUCCGACGGCGAAGGCGAAGAGAUAUAUAAGCCGUCUUGGUUUGCUUUUGAUGUCAUGAACAGUUAUUUAAGCCAUUUGUACGAAAGUCCUGUCACCGUAAAAUCAGGAGAAUUAGUAUCAAAUGACGAAGAUCCGCUAUCAAAUGAUUCCGACACAUACAACGAAGACGAUAAAUCACAAAUUGACAUAGAUAUAGAGAGAAUAACCACAAACAAACGGCCUGUGUCAUUUGAGCCAAAAAUUUUGCAUACUCGCCGCUUAUCCCAUGAUUCGACCCCUAGCGAGCAGGAUUAUUGCAUUGCUAAGAAACGAAGGGCAACGCAAGAAACAGUUCCUGCUCAAGAAAGGCAGUUUCCCAAUGUCAAUGAAAGAGAACAAGACAGAGUAAGAGAAUGUGACUUAUAUGGUCAACUAUUAGCCGAGAAGUUGAAACCACUGGAGCAAGACGAUAGGUUGCAGUUGAUGAACGAGAUUGAUAACCUUGUUUUCAACCACCUGAUGAGAAUAAGGAAACAGAAUGCGUCUCGAAAUAAUUUGUUAGGUGGCCAAUCCAUGCAUUUGCCGGGACCGGGGCCGUCUAAUAAGAUACCCUGA